AUGCGUGAGCUUUCCACGGGCAGUGUGAAGGAGGAUCUAGCGUCGUUGGUGGCAUCGUGCAAGGAUUUGUCGCAGGCCAGGCAGCUCCACGCUCGAGUUCUUUCCAGCGAGCAGCUCUCGCAGGAUAGGCAUCUCUGCAAUCUCUUGGUGAAAAUGUAUGGCAGAUGCGGGAGCGCCCGUGAUGCGUUUGAUGUCUUUCAAAGCUUGCAGUCGAGAGAUGUUUUCUCUUGGAACAUCAUGCUGAAUGCUUAUGCCCAGAAUGGGCAUCUUGAGACCGCAAAAACGUUUCUAGAGAGCUUUCCAGAAAUGAACGUAGUUUCAUGGAACACCAUCUUGGCUGCUUAUUCAAACCAUGACUGUGCAAACGAAGCUAACCAAUUUUUCAAUAAGAUGCCUGCAUGGGACACAGCUUCAUGGAAUACUUUGAUCACUGCAUAUGCCAGAGGAGGGCAUAUGGAUUCGGCAAAACUUCUCUUUGACAAGAUGCCGGAGUGGAACGAGAUUACCAGCAUUGCCUUGAUCACUGGAUUCGCCAGCUCCGGAAGCCUGCAUUCCGCAAAAUAUGUCUUUGAUUCCAUUCCAGAGUUUGCUCCUGCGGCAGCAAUGGCUCUGAUCGCGGCAUACGUGCGUAAAGGCCACCUCCACGAAGCCAAGCACAUCUUUGACAAGCUGGAGCAGCCGAGCAUCGCAGCAUCCACUAGCAUGAUCACUGCUUACGCGCAAGAGGGCGAUCUGGAAAGAGCCAAGCAAAUCUUUGACGGGAUGGAACUCUUGGACGAGAUUUCAUGGACUGUGAUGCUCCAGGCGUACGCACAACGAGGAAAGAUGAGAGAAGCCAAGCGCUUGUUUGAUUCUAUCCCAGUUCCGGUGGACAAGGGCCGCGAUCUCGUGGCGUGGAGCGUGAUGCUGCUGGGUUACACACAAGCAAGAGAUGUUCCUAGGGCGAGAGACUUGUUUGAGACAAUCCCACGGAGAAAUGUCGUGUCCUGGACGCUCAUGCUCCAGGCUUACGUCGAAGCCGGGGAGUUUUCCAACGCCAUCGAGCUCUUCAAUUCCAUGCCCGAAAGAAACGUCGUGUCAAUGACCGCCAUGCUUGCUGCUCACGCCGGGCGACAAGACUUGGAAGCCGCAAAGUUUAUGUUUGAUUCCAUGCCCGAGAAGAACUUGGUCUCGUGGUCGGCGAUGCUGCAAGGCUACGCUACCAGCGGUGACAUCCGAGGAGCAAAGAUCUUGUUCGAAGAGAUGCCGUGGAAAGACACAGUUGCCUGGACAACCAUACUCCAAGCGUACGCUCAAGCUGGUCACUUGAGAACUUCCUUGUUCGUGUUUGAGACGAUGCCCGAGCGAAACGUUGUGUCGUGGACGGCAAUGAUCUCGGCUUUUGCUCACUCUGGCAACCAGAUGGAUUCGAUCCAAAUUUUCCACGCGAUGAACUUGGAAGGAGUGAAGCCCGAUGAUAUAUGCUUCGCCAGCGCUCUACUUGCUUGUAACCAUGUUGGAUUGCUCUACAGAGGCCAUGGUUAUUUUACCUCGAUGAGAAGGGAUCACGGGAUUGCUCCAGGGAGAGAGCACUACUUUAGCAUGGCCGAUAUUCUUUGUCGAGCAGGACGGCUCGAGAGUGCGCAGGAACUUAUACGUACCAUGCCUUUCGUGCCGGAAGUCUUGCACUGGGGAUCGCUGCUAAAUGCAUGUAAACUUCAGGAAAAUACGAAGAUUGGAAACAAAACUGCCAAGCAUCUGUCGACUCUGGAUCCCAACGACGCUGCUUCUCACGUUCUCUUGUCAAAUCUCUAUGCUUCUCUUGGGAACUUGGGUAGAGCUUAG